AUGGCAUCUGCUACAAACGGAGAAGCUAAGAUGACUGGGAGAGUGGGGAUUGUAGGAACUGGACAUCGGGCUAGACUCUAUACCAACUCCGUCGCCGUUCGACCUGGACUUGAAUUAGUAGCUUUAUGCGAUACUAAUCCUGAACGAAUGGAUGUGCACAAUGCUUUGCUCAAGGGCCACGGUAGAUCAGAAGCUAAGAAGUAUGCUGCUGAAGAUUUCGAUAAGAUGCUUGAGGAAGAGAAGCUGGAUAUUUUAGUAGUAACGACUAUAGAUUAUACCCAUGAUCUGUAUAUCGUUCCUGCAAUCAAAAAAGGUAUCAAGGUGUUGACUGAGAAACCAAUGACUACCGACGUCGAGAAAUGCAAGAAGAUCCUUGAAGCUGUAGAGGAGUACAAGGGUUCAGUCCAAGUUCUCUUCAACUACAGAUAUAAUCCCGUUCACUGGAAGAUAGCAGAAGUGAUCGCUGAAGGAAAAAUUGGAAAUGUCAAAUCAGUUCACUUUGAAUGGUUACUUGACACCGUUCAUGGUGCUGAUUACUUCAGAAGAUGGCACAGAUACAAGGAUCGAUCAGGUGGCUUGAUGGUUCACAAAUCAUCUCAUCAUUUCGAUUUGGUGAAUUUCUGGAUACAAUCUAAACCCGAGUCAGUAUUUGGUCUAGGUGCAUUAUCAUUCUACGGUACCGAACAAGGAAAGAAAUCUGGUUGGGCAAGAAAUUACGAUCGAGCUAGAGGAUCAAAAGAAGCUGAGGAUGAUCCAUUCGCUAUCCAUUUAGAAGAUGAACCUGGAUUGAAAGCUUUGUACCACGAUGCCGAACAUGUCGACAACUAUCAUCGAGAUAUGAAUGUUUUCGCAGAUGAUAUCACUAUCGAAGAUGAUAUGUCCGUUUUGGUACACUACGAGUCAGGUGUUAACAUGACAUAUCACCUUACCGCUUACAGUCCAUGGGAAGGAUACAGAGUAAUGUUCAAUGGUGAUCAAGGUCGAUUAGAGCUUGAAUGUGUUGAAUCCACUCAUCGAGUCCCAGCGACUAAAGGUGGCGGUGCCGACGGUGUUGUUCACGGUGAAAAGGCAUUAAAGAAUGAAGGUCACAAUAAGAUUACCUUACAGAGAUUAUGGGAGGAGAAACAGGAUGUUCCUUACGUUUGGGCUACAGGUGGUCAUGGUGGUGGUGACGAAGCGAUGCUUGAUCAGAUAUUUGGACCCAUUCCAGGACAAGAAGAACACAAAUCACCUAUUGAGAGACUAUCCGCCGAUCAAACAGAUGGAGCUUUGGCAAUGGCAGUAGGUUUAGCCGCGAACGAAAGUUUCAAAACUGGUAAACAAAUCUCAAUCAAGGAAUUACUCGGAAGACAAUUGUAA